GCCGCUGUCAGCUGACGGGGAAAAUUCGCGAGCUAACGCUAUUAGCUGCUUUCUUUUUUGUUUUUCCAACUUUGUCCUUCGUUAACAAUAGUAACAGCAACGCAGGAUUCCUGUUCAGCUGUCUUUUUAGUACAGUAGCUUUGGAUAUUCAGUCAAGGGAUCUACAUAUUACUUUUUUUCGUUUAUGUAGUGAAACUUCAUUUAGUAAGUAUCAGCUCGAAUACAUAGCGUAUUAUUGGGUUGUGUAUUAACAUCUGAUCUGACUAGAUAUUGGAUCCCAUUGCAUAUCGCUGUAUAUUUGUGUGUAUUUAUAAUUCAUAUAUAUUAUUCAUAUGGUGCUUUGGGUCACUUUGCUCUAUUUAGGUUUCUUUAAAGAUAAUGAAUGUAUCGUUACACUCCGAUGAUCUAAGAAUAUUUAUGAAGUGGGUGUUUAGUGUCAUAAUCAUGGGGUCACUGUGUUAUUCCUGUAAGGGGUUUGAAAGUAAUUCAACAUUUCGUCACUGGCUACUCGAAGUAGGUUAAUAACGCUGCAGGCUUUUGUUAAUGAAGCGGGCUUUAAUUCUGAUGGCAAUCGGCGACGGGAGGGACUCCGCGCCAGCGCGCGGGUGACGUUUGGUGGCGCACGUGGUGCCAUUUGAGGGGCUGGCAUGCGCACCCGCCAGUCUGGAUGUAUAUGGAGGGAAAAGGGACAGUUCCUUAGCGAUGGUGCAUUAAAUGAAUCACCGCGAUGGGUAUAAUCAGUGGAAAUGUUUACGGAGAAAAGAAGCGGGCGGUGUGUGAAGUACGCGGCAGAGUAAUCGCUCAUUUUGGACUCCGCUCUUCCUGCCAGGGGGGUCUGAAGCGGGGAGGGGGGGGGGGGAUAGCGCCGCAGGAUGCCGGGGGCCGCCGACGCGGCUGUGACUCUGGCGCUGAGCCUCCGCACUACGGCGGCAGCGGCGAUGGAGAACGACUCCGUUAGUCCCGUUUGGGGGAUGAACGGCGGAGACAACGGCACCAAGACGCACAAGUGUCUGCAGCUCCUUUACAGAGACAUCGGCGACUCCUGGGUGCGUUUCUGGGAUUUACUGCUCCUGGUGCCCAACGUGGCAUUCUUUGGGUUCUUGCUGUGGAAACUGCCAUCAGCUCGAGCCAAGAUCCGCCUCACCCCAAGCCCAAUCUUCAUCACCUUCUACAUACUGGUAUUUGUCGUUGCUGCGGUCGGGAUUACCCGCGCCGUCGUUUCCAUGACGGUCAGCGCCUCCAGCGCCGCUACCAUUAUCGACAAGGUGCUGUGGGAGAUUACGCGCUUCUUUCUGCUGGCCAUCGAGUUGAGUGUCAUUAUACUGGGGCUGGCUUUCGGUCACCUUGAAAGCAAGCUGAGCAUCAAGCGUGUUCUGGCGAUCACAACAGUGCUGUCUCUGGGAUAUUCCAUCACACAGGGGACCCUGGAGAUCCUCUACCCUGACAGGCACCUUUCGGCAGAGGACUUUAACAUCUAUGGCCAUGGGGGACGUCUUUUUUGGCUGACUAGCUCCUGCUUCUUCUUCUUGGUUUACUCCUUCAUAGUCAUCCUUCCUAAGACUCCUGUGAGAGACAGGAUUUUCCUACCAUCCAAGAAGACCUUCUACGUAUACGCUGCCAUCCUGUCCCUGCUAAAUUUGGUACAGGGGAUCGGUAGUGCUCUCCUGUGUGCAGACAUCAUUGAGGGACUCUGCUGUGUUGAUGUGACCACAUUCCUCUACUUCUCUGCCUUUGCACCACUCAUCUACGUCACAUUCCUUAAAGGCUUUUUUGGCUCGGAGCCAAAGAUCCUCUUCUCCUACAGAUCCCAGGUAGACGAGCCAGAGGACACGGAUGUACACUUGCCCCCCACCUACGCCGUGGGCAGGAAGGACCUCCAUCCCGACUUCUACUCCAGCACACGCAUCGACAGCUCCUCUGCGUACCUGGAUGAUGUUGUGUCAGGGCCUUAUCCCGUGGGCAGCAUCAACAGCGUGGACAGUGACCGUUGGAGGGCCUUCAACUCCUAAGAGGGGCUGGCUGAGGGAGCGAUACCGUUUCUGCCAGCACAGUCACUCAUAGAUGGAGGGAAGGGAGCAGCAGUCUGAAGCUGGGGAGCUUGGGCCCCAUGAGAAUCGGCCUUGUGUUUUAUUCCGAAGAUGCAUUUGAGCUGAACAAUCCUCAGCCACCUUAAGCGUUGCCCCAUUAAAAUUAUUUUAAGGAAAUCGACUGGAAAAAUAAUGUGAAAAUUAACGUCAAUGUUCAGCUGGGACUCUUAGCUAUCUGACCGUAGCUUUGCAUGAUAUCUGUGAAUCAUUUGUUCUCCGUGACCGUUUCUAUACUUCAGCUCUGGUCCUGGAACGUAUUACAUCCGAGAUUUGAUCAGCCCUCCUGUGCUUUUAUAGGAAGGCUUUGGGGAAACUGUGAGACAGGUGGCCUUUGAAUACCCUGCGCUGUGUGGAUUCCAGAAUGUUCCUUUACAUUCCUACAUGUUGUAGGGUCCCCGCGUGAGGCCUUUGUGCAAAUAAGAUUUGACUCUUGGCCUUGCAGAGGAGAUGGAGACAAUGGCUCCUUUGGACCUCAGCAUUGAGCUAAAUCAGUGAUUCCUGAAUUUCCAAGACCGUUUAAGAUGAUUAUUCUUAGUUAUGGUCCUGGAGGUGAAUGUCUAUAAGAUUUUGUUGCAGCCUGGUGCUCAACCACUUGAUGCAAAGUAACUGCCUUUCAAUUAUUUACCUUUCUGAACCUGCUUUAUUAAUAUUUCACACUUGAUCAACUUCAAUGUGCUUGUUGAGUCGCUAAGUAUAAUGAGAGCCGCAGAGCUCCCUGGGCCCCUGCCUUUGGGGUUUGUGACCAAAGGCUGUGCUCACGUUGCCAAAAUCAGGUCUUGUAGUACUUUUUGCACCAUUGGAGCCUCUCAUUGUUUUCAUAUUCCCCAAGUUCCUACAUUUUAAUUUCAGAUUUACUAAUUCUGCAUUACCACAGAUAUGCUGAGUAAUCGGACAUACAUGAAAGAGACAUUGAUGGCAAUCAAAGAGGAACCGAGACCCGCGGUCUCUCUGCUUUAUGGGGGUGGGGGUGUAUUUUCUGUACAUGUGUGGCGUGUGUAUUUUAUUUUUUAAAUUAAAGAAAAUAUUUUGCACACAAAA